CCACGCAACCGUAGCGGCGCCAGUGAGACCACGCUGCCUCGCCAAAGAUGUGAAAAUGGCGGAGCUACAAAUGCUUUUGGAAGAGGAGAUUCCAGCAGGUCGCAGCGCUCUGCUGGAUAGUUUUACUAAUCUAGAAAGAGUCGCCGAAUAUUGCGAGAGCAACUAUGUCCAGGUAAGCAAUUUCUGUCCCCAGAUAAGGAGCGAGCGCUGGAGGAGACCAAGAAUUACACCACUCAGUCGCUGGCUAGCGUGGCCUACCUGAUCAACACGCUGGCUAACAAUGUGCUGCAGAUGCUGGACAUUCAGGCCUCGCAGCUGCGUCGCAUGGAGUCUUCUAUCAACCACAUUUCUCAGACGGUGGACAUUCACAAAGAGAAGGUGGCCAGGCGAGAGAUCGGCAUCCUCACCACCAACAAGAACACGUCCCGCACACACAAGAUCAUCGCGCCGGCCAAUCAGGAGAGGCCGGUGCGCUACAUCCGCAAGCCCGUCGACUACAGCCUGCUGGAUGAUAUGGGACACGGAGUCAAGGCCAGCGCUCAGAGCAUGAAAGCCGGCGCCGGUGGGCUCCCUCGCACCAACCCACCAACGCAGAAGCCUCCCAGCCCACCUAUGAGUGGGAAAGGGACCCUCGGGAGACACUCCCCAUAUAGGACGCUCGAGCCGGUGCGUCCUCCCGUUGUCCCUAACGACUACGUCUCAAGCCCGACGCGCAACAUGGCGCACCCCCUGCCAAGCCCAGCACGCAAUGCAUCUGUUAAUCAGAGGAACCGCACGUACAGCAGCGGGAGCAGCGGCGGCAGCCACCCCAGCAGCAGUCGCAGCAGCAGCCGGGAGAACAGCGGCAGCGGCAGCGUGGGCGUGCCCAUCGCCGUGCCCACCCCGGCCCUGCCCACUGCCUUCCCAGGUGCUCCUCAAUUCUACAGCAUGAACCGCCCGGCGCAGCCCACUCAGAACGCCCAUGUGGGAGGAUCGCUGCCGUACCGCCGCCCCUCCUCCGUCACCGGCCAGCCCAACACGGCUCCGAACCAGAACCAGCUCAACGGUGGACCGCACUUUGCCCAAAAUCAAGGCCCACUUGCGCCCCCUCCCCCUUCCAUGCAGAUCACCCCUCAGCUGCCCCUGAUGGGCUUUGUGGCCCGAGUUCAGGAGACCAUCUCAGAUGUGCCACCGCCGCCCCCUCUUGCGGACGAGCCAGUCUUUGAGGACCCUACACCUCCUCCUCCCCCACCGGAGGACUACGAGGACGACGAGGAAGAAGAGGAGUCGGCGGUGGUGGAGUACAGCGAUCCGUACGCCGAGGAGGACCCGCCCUGGGCGCCACGCAGCUACCUGGAGAAAGUGGUGGCCAUCUACGACUACAGUCGGGACAAAGAGGACGAGCUGUCCUUCCAGGAAGGCGCCAUCAUCUACGUCAUCAAGAAGAACGACGACGGCUGGUACGAGGGCGUGAUGAACGGAACCACGGGCCUCUUCCCGGGCAACUACGUGGAAUCCAUCAUGCACUACGCCGAUUGAGAAACGCCCUUCGCCCCUCCUCUGCGCAACCACGGAGACGAGCAGGCAGUCGGGAAGAGGAGGGAAUGAGGGGGAGCCGAGGGUUAAAGGUCAGACUUUGAACAGACAGAGCACGAUCACCUCCGGGAUGGGACGCCGAAGAGAGCCGACGCCCGGUCCUCCUCUCCGCCCAAACAACCACUACUUUUUCCACCUUUCUUCUGUUUCUUUCUGGCCGCCGGUCGAUUUGAAGAGUGUUACGCAACGAGGGAUUUUCUUUGAAUUUGUUGGGCCAAAUUAUUUGAGAGUGGACUAUUUAGUUUGAAAUUUUGCGCGCGGUCAAAAAAACGGAAAGGCGGGACAGAGGCAUUGGACAGAUAAAAAAAUUCUCCUUGGACAAACACGGAAAGACGCAGCAAGUGUUUGUAUGCGGGCCGGGCUCAUGUUGGAAGUGCCGCACCAACCAACGGUCAUGAUAAGCACAUGCGGUGGCUUCAGAAAGUGUGUAUUAUCCGUUUACGCGAAUGGGCGGUCACGUGACCUUUCAAAGAAGUGAGGAGUCCCAUCCUCCGUUGCACAAUGUGCGGCAUCUCUGGUGAAGAAGAAACUGCCCACUGGCAGUGUUCCGAAGCGCUUGGGUUGAUUUCGCUUUUAUUUGACUUCUCCGAAAAGGAUUUACAGAGUGGCAUGUUUGUACUUGAAGGAAAAAAAAAUGGCUCUAUUGUGAUGAUUUGUGUCUUAAUAUUUUUAGAUAUGCCGUGAUUAUUAUUUUUUUUGCCCCCCCCCCACCACCACCAGUGAUGAUGCGUUUUAUUUUGAAGACACUUGUGCCAUAUUGAGAUGUGCGUUGCAGUUGGAUAGAGUUGGAUGGCUUCUCCCCCCCCCCCCCCCCCUUCCACUUUUCUUAAGUUGUGUUAACCAAAAGAACAUGCGUUUGUAGUGAAGCGAUGUAGAAGAACUAAUAUAAAAGUGACGAGAUUUCUCAAAUAUGAAAAGACGGCUGUUGUGUUGACAUGGUUUUGACCAUCACGUCUGAUACUUUUCUUGUCUGUCGGCAGUGUGAAGGGUGUAUCAUCUUAAAUGCGCUUGACAGUGUCCGGCAUAAGCGCCGCCUCAGUACUUAAGCCAGAAUCUUUAUUUUCUAUAUUAAAAAAAAGAGAGAGAAAAUUAUUCCAGUGGGUCUGUAUGUGAGUCUUGCAUGCCAUGAUUAUAUGUGCUCCCCCCCCCCCCCCCCCCCAAAACCCACAUGGCAAGAUGUGAUAUUCUAAAAAGCAGUUGUGGCCCGCCUCAUCCAAAGAAGGUAGCGUACAUCCGCCUCGGGACAUUAGUGACGAGGACCGGUGACAGUCCGUGAUGCCAUUGUGUUGCACAUUUUCAAGCAGGAGUCUCAUAUUUGUAAAAUCCAGAGAAAAAAGACAAUAAAGAUACAGUAUAAGGA